CGGGCGCGGGGAUGAGCGUCGGCGGCCGCCGCCAUGUCCACCAGGGUCACGGCGCCCGGGCCCGGGCCGGGGCCGGCGGCGGCGGCGGCGGGCGGCAAGGAGAAGCGCUCCUUCAGCAAGCGGCUGUUCCGCAGCGGCCGCGCGGGCGGCGGCGGCGCGGGGGGCCCCGGGCCGGCCGCGCCCGCCUCGCCGGCGUCGUCGGCGCGCUCGGUGGGCAGCUUCAUGAGCCGCGUCCUCAAGACGCUGUCCACGCUCUCGCACCUGAGCUCCGAGGGCGCCGCGGGGCCCGAGCGCGGCGGCCUGCGCGGCUGCUUCCCGCCGGGGCCGCCCGCCGCGCCCGCGCCGCCCCCCGCCUGCCCGCCGCCGCCCGCCGCGCCCGCGCCGCCCGCCUGCGCGCACGCCGAGCCGGUGCCCGGCGUGGCGGGGCUCCGCAACCACGGCAACACGUGCUUCAUGAACGCCACGCUGCAGUGCCUCAGCAACACCGAGCUCUUCGCCGAGUACCUGGCGCUCGGCCAGUACCGGGCGGGCCGGCCCGAGCCCGAGCCCGAGCCCGAGCCGCCCGCGCCGGGCCGCGGCGAGGUCACCGAGCAGCUGGCGCACCUGGUGCGCGCGCUCUGGACGCUGGAGUACACGCCGCAGCACAGCCGCGACUUCAAGAGCAUCGUGUCAAAGAACGCCCUGCAGUACCGGGGAAACUCUCAGCACGAUGCCCAGGAGUUUCUGCUGUGGCUCUUGGACCGGGUUCAUGAAGACCUCCACCAUGCAGUGCAGCCGAGCGGCCAGCCGCCUCUGAAGCCUCCGUCGGAGACUGACCUGAUGCCCGAAGGACCAUCUUUUCCAGUCUGUAGCACUUUUGUCCAGGAGCUUUUCCAGGCCCAGUACAGAUCCUCUUUGACAUGUCCUCACUGUCAGAAGCAGAGCAACACCUUUGACCCUUUCCUCUGCAUUUCUUUGCCAAUUCCUCUGCCGCACACAAGGCCUCUCUAUGUCACCGUAGUGUAUCAAGGGAAAUGCUCGCAUUGCAUGAGGAUCGGGGUGGCCGUGCCUCUGUCGGGGACCGUCGCUAGGCUCCGGGAAGCAGUAUCCAUGGAGACAAAAAUCCCCACUGAGCAGAUCGUGUUAACGGAAAUGUACUACGAUGGGUUCCAUCGUUCCUUUUGUGACACAGACGACCUGGAGACCGUCCAUGAAAGUGACUGCAUCUUUGCCUUUGAGACUCCAGAAAUAUUUCGGCCCGAAGGAAUUCUCAGUCAGAGAGGAAUCCACUUAAACAACAAUCUGAACCACUUGAAGUUCGACCUGGAUCACCCUCGGCUCUCUUCUGUGAACCAGACAGCCGCCAAGCAGGGGAAGGCAGACGUGCCCCCUGCCCGGGCAGGCAGCAGCAAGAUUGUCCUGCUGGUGUGCAACCGAGCCUGCAGCGGGCAGCAGGGCAAGAGGUUCGGGCUGCCCUUUGUGCUGCACCUGGAGAAGACCAUCGCCUGGGACCUGCUGCAGAAGGAGAUCCUGGAGAAGAUGAAGUACUUCCUGCGGCCCACCGUCUGCAUUCAGGUGUGCCCCUUCAGCCUGCGCGUGGUCAGCGUGGUGGGAAUCACGUACCUGCUGCCGCAGGAGGAGCAGCCCCUGUGCCACCCGACAGUGGAAAGGGCAUUAAAAUCCUGCGGACCGGGUGGCAGUGCGCAUGUGAAGUUGGUGGUGGAAUGGGACAAGGAGACAAAAGAUUUCUUGUUCGCGAGCACCGAGGAGGAGUACAUCCCCGAUGCUGAGAGCGUGCGUCUGCAGAAGGAACGCCACCACCAGCCGCAGACCUGCACCCUGUCCCAGUGCUUCCAGCUCUACACCAAGGAGGAGCGGCUCGCCCCGGAUGACGCCUGGCGCUGCCCACACUGCAAGCAACUGCAGCAGGGCAGCAUCACCCUGAGCCUCUGGACGCUGCCCGAUGUACUCAUCAUCCACCUGAAGCGCUUCCGACAGGAAGGAGACCGGCGACUGAAACUCCAGAACAUGGUCAAGUUCCCCCUGACCGGCCUGGACAUGACCCCUCACGUGGUCAAGAGGAGCCAGAGCAGCUGGAGCCUGCCCUCACACUGGUCUCCGUGGAGACGGCCCUACGGCCUCGGCAGGGACCCCGAGGACUGCGUCUAUGACCUGUAUGCUGUGUGCAAUCACCACGGCACCAUGCAAGGGGGGCACUACACAGCCUACUGCAAAAACUCAGUGGACGGGCUGUGGUACUGCUUCGAUGACAGCGACGUGCAGCAGCUCUCGGAGGAUGAGGUGUGCACGCAGACAGCAUACAUCCUCUUUUACCAGCGGCGCACGGCAAUCCCGUCCUGGUCGGCCAACAGCUCCGUGGCGGGCUCCACGAGCUCCUCCCUGUGUGAGCACUGGGUGAGCCGGCUCCCGGGCAGCAAGCAGGCUAGCGUGACCUCUGCCGCCUCGUCCCGGCGCACCUCCCUGGCCUCGCUCUCCGAGUCGGUGGAGAUGACGGGGGAGAGGAGCGAAGAUGACGGUGGCUUCUCCACUCGGCCCUUUGUGAGAAGUGUUCAGCGUCAGAGCCUGUCGUCCAGGUCGUCGGUCACCAGUCCCCUGGCCGUCCCCGAGAGCUGCAUCCGGCCAUCCUGGUCCCUGUCGGCCAAGCUGCAGAUGCGUUCCAAUUCCCCAUCACGCUUCCCUGGGGACUCACCGCUGCACACGUCCGCCUCCACCCUGGAGAAGAUCGGGGAGGCGGCCGACGACAAGGUCUCCAUCUCUUGCUUCGGGAGCCUGAGGAACCUUUCCAGCAGCUUCCAGGACGCGGGCGAGAGCCAUGGGCGGCGGGAGCCACGGGCGGGGGGCCGGGCCCCGCUGGCGGUCAUGGACGGCGUGUUCAAGGACGAGGCGGGCCCGCGCCCGGGGCACCCCGGCGCCCUGGAUGCGCCUAGCGGGAACCCAGCCCCGGGGGGCUGCUCACCCGCUGACUCGGACCCCUUUGACAACAACAACCAGAUCGCCUAUGUGGAUCAGAGCGACUCCGUGGACAGCUCUCCGGUCAAAGAGGCGACCCCCCCGGCCAAGAAGCCCGAGAGCACCGCCAAGAGGUCCCCCGGCGCCAAGCGGGCGUCGGAGCCCGAGAGAAGCUUGCGCAAGGGGCGGCCAGUGCUGGCCAGCCAGGACUCGUCCCUCUCCAGCACCUCCCCGUCCUCGCCGGUCCCCGUGAAGGCCUCCCUGAAGCCCUCCCGCCCCCGGAGCAGAGCCGACGCCGCCUCCAGGAAGGAGGCCGGGGGCCGGCACCCAGCUCCCGCCGCCGCCCACCCCCGCAAGGAGCCCUCCGCCAGAACCCCGGACCCCGCGUCCUCCCCGUCCCCACAGAAGCCCAGGUCCGCGUCGUCCCUGGCGCACGCGCCGUCCGCCUCCGCGGCCAGAAAGGGCGCUGGCCCGGCGCCCAGGGGCCCCUUUCCGCCGGGCAAGGGCCGGGCCUCCGAGCGGACCCUGAGCCGGGAGGGCUCCCGCCAGAGCCUGGCCUCCGAGCGGGGCAGCCUUCCGCCCGGCUCCAAGCCCGGCUCGCCCCGCGGGAGCCAGGCGCGCGCCGGCGAGGGCCGCCCCGACGGCCGGCACGUGCGCAGCAGCUCCAUGGCCAGCCUGCGCUCCCCCGGCACCGGCACGCGCGCGGGCCUCAAGCGGGACAGCAAGUCCGAGGACAAGGGGCUGUCCUUCUUCAAGUCGGCCCUGCGGCAGAAGGAGACGCGCCGCUCCACCGACCUGGGCAAGACGGCCCUGCUGUCCAGGAAGGCGGGCAAGGGCGCCGGGGAGGACAAGGCCGAGCGGGGGUCCCCGGCCCCCGCCUCCCAGCCCCCGCACGCCGGCGGGAGGGAGCAGCCCGCCCCCAAGGACCCCACGCCCAGCAGACACUCCCUGCUGUCCAGCCGCAGGUCCAGGUCUUCCCCGCUGGAGGCGGGUGCGCCCUCGGCUCCCGGCGCCCGGCCGGGGGCGGUGGCGGCCGAGAAGCCGGCCGCCAAGGUGUCUUCGAAGAGCAUGCCACCCUCUGCACGGUCCUCCUCUCAGAAACCUCAGUGAGCCCCCCGCGGCCCG